CACACACACACACACACACACCAGCACUCCGGAGAGGCAGGAGCACCGCCUGGGAGGUCAAACACACAGCAUGGCAGCGCCAAAGAAAGUCUGCGUCAUUGGCUCUGGUAACUGGGGCUCUGCCAUUGCCAAGAUUGUGGGUGCAAAUGCAGCCAAGUACGACAGGUUUGAGACAACGGUGAACAUGUGGGUGUUCGAGGAGACGGUGAACGGUCGUAAACUCACAGAGAUCAUCAACACUGACCAUGAAAAUGUCAAGUAUUUGCCUGGUCACAAGCUGCCCCCCAACGUGUUGGCUGUCCCAGACUUGGCUGAGUCUGUGAAAGGAGCCGACAUCCUGAUCUUUGUGGUCCCUCACCAGUUCAUCCUCCGUGUGUGCGACACCAUCAAAGACCACAUCAAGAAAGAUGCCGUUGGAAUGUCCCUCAUCAAGGGUGUAGACGAGGGGCCAGAGGGUCUGAAACUGAUCUCCGAGGUGAUCCGCGGGAAGCUGGGCAUCACCAUGACCGUCCUCAUGGGAGCCAAUAUUGCCAACGAGGUCGCUGAGGAGAAGUUCUGUGAAACAACUAUUGGCUGCAAAGAUAAAGCCAUCGGCCCCAUGCUGAAGGAGCUGAUGCAGACCACUAACUUCCGUGUGACUGUGGUGGAGGAGUCUGAUGUUGUGGAGAUUUGUGGAGCGCUCAAGAACAUUGUAGCAGUAGGAGCGGGUUUCUGCGACGGCCUGGGAUUCGGAGACAACACCAAGGCGGCAGUGAUUCGCCUUGGCCUCAUGGAGAUGAUUGCCUUCGCCAGGGUCUUCUGCACAAACUGCCCCGUCUCCCCCGCCACCUUCCUGGAGAGCUGCGGCAUCGCUGACCUCAUCACAACCUGCUACGGCGGACGCAACCGCAAGAUCGGGGAGGCUUUUGCCAAAACAGGAAAGUCCAUUGAGCAGCUGGAGAAGGAGCUCCUGAACGGUCAGAAGCUUCAAGGUCCAGCGACUGCAACUGAGGUCAACCACAUCCUGAAACACAAAAACAUGGUGGACAAGUUUCCUCUUUUCAAUGCGGUUUACCAGAUCUGCUUCAACGGCCACCCAGUAAAGGAGUUCAUCAGUUGUUUGCAAAACCACCCGGAGCACAUGUAAAGGACUGGCUGGUCAAUCGAUGCUUGAAAUGGACUUUUAUACACCAACAAGCCCGGGCAAUUACAGGAGGAGCAGCUUAGAUGAUGACUGUGCCUCAUCUAACUCGACUCCUGUCUUGCGUGAACCUCCAAAAACAAAAAGGGAGCAGAGCGGGCCCCCAUAGCUAAGCUGCUGUGAUGACCCUCUGCAAUUACACCACCACCAAAAGCAUGAAUCCCAUUUCCAACUCUGUUAUUUCUCAUUAUAAACAUAUGGCUGUUUUUGUUAUAUAAAUCCUCUACAUCAUAUUUGUCAUAAAGCAGUGAAUAAAGGGGUAUUCCAAUGGCCUUGGUAUUAACUAGAGUGCUAAUAAGGAAAUGUCGCAUCGUCUGUAAACUGAAAGUGCCUUAACUUGCCUUGUGACUGGCAUGUAUGAGUUUUAAAACACUUGAAUACAUAACAAUAACCACUCCCUCUGUGUUGUUUCCCCUUUGGAGCUGUUGAGAUGUAACCCAAUUACAAGAAUCGUGUGGGAAUACAGUUUUGGAGUAAU